AUCAACCUUGUGUUUAUGUUUGUUUCUAACAAUUAAUUCGCACGUGAGAAUCUAUGUACUUAACCUUUUCGUAUCCCUAAAUGAAGCUAUGUCGGAGCUCACAGUGCACUCGGUCUGCACUAAAGGGCCGAUUUAUCCCACGUUAUUAUAUUUCCAAAAUGGCUGCCUGACGAAAGACUUCGAAACAGACUGUGCCGUGUUACAAGACAAGAAUAAGACUAGAACAAUAGUGAUGGAGACUUCCGAGCUCGUCUACGCCGGUAAAGAGGAAAAGGAAGAAUCUGGCAUGACCCUGAUACUAGCUAGAGACAGGGUAUCCGGAAAUGUUCGUCUAAUAGAGGUAGGCAGCGCCAACUUGAAACCGCUCACCGAAACGGACUUAGACCAUUUAGAACACGAAGCGAAAGCGCAUAGUAAAAUGAGAUCAAAGAAAAUUAUGACACAGAAUAUAUCCAAUGCUGUUCAAAUGGACACAGAACAGAUUAUUGAAAGCAAUAUGUUUGAAAAUCUAGUUGCAUGUAAUAACGGCAUAGGUGAGCUCGAUAUGCCGCCUAUAGAUAGAGAAGUAACUGAAGUUGAAUUAGAUUAUUUGCAGCAACAGCAUGAAAUAAGUAGAUUAGAGUUUUUAGAAUUUGAGAAGAAGGAAUUAGAACAGCAAAAGAAAUUUAGAGUUAAUCUUGAACCUGAAACAGAGCCGACAGAUAUGGAGGUUAUGGAGCAACAAGAUCUUACAGCGCUUGAAGAGAAUAACUCUGAAGAGUUUCACAUACCGCCUAUUAACAGAGGGGCUACCAAAGUUGAAGAUGUUUAUCAGAUAGAGAAGAUUUUGUCCAAAGGUGAAUGUGAAAAGAUUUUAGAGGAACUAGAGGAAAAUAACUAUGUGGCUGAUUUGCACCCUUAUAUAAAGUCUUACAUGAAAGACAGGCAUUUAUCACCCCAACUAACAGUACUUGCUGCCUAUGUCAGUUAUCUUAUUAAAUACUUACAUGCUAGUGAAGAACAAAUCAGAAUGACUAAAUUUAAAAUAUGUCCGCAUUCUAAUACAUUGAAUGAUAUACUAAUGAAAAAGUUUACAAAACUAGCAGUAAUAAAAUCAAAUAAUAUUCAGGAAAGAAUUAUAUGUCAUAUAAUGGUGUUCAUGUUAAUAUUAAAUAAUUAUAGAUUUUAUCUUGAACCUCUAUGUACUGCAAUGGGUAUACCAAAGAGAUGCAGUAUUAAACACCUGGUAUACUUCACCGGAGCAUCAGUAGUUACAAGUGAAAUUGGAAGACAGGUGCUACUAAGGCUACCAUUAGUCAAAAAACCACAUUCUAACUCUGAUAAAUCAACUGUAUGUGAAGAUACAGACUCAUGUAUGCAGCUAAAAGAAGAAGAAAGACUAAAAAUUAGUAAAGAAGUCAUUAAACAUUUGGUAUCAAAAGUUCAAGAUGAAACUGUAACAGAACAGACAGAAACAGUGACUGCUAAUGAUACGGUCAACAAUUAUCUAUCUAUAUAUGGCAAUCUUGACUUGGAUGACUUCUAUUUACCAUCUAUAAACAGAGAUGCAGGUCAAGUUGAACAUGUAUAUCUUGUAGAGAAGAUUUUGUCCAAAGAUGAAUAUGAGCAUAUUUACAAUGAGCUUAUGGAGAAUAAUUACACAGCUGAUUUACACCCAUACAUACUGCCCUUUACAGAAAACGAGACUCUGUCCUUACAAUCAACAGUGCUAGCUCUAUAUACAAGUGAACUUAUAAAAUUCUUACAUGUUGACGAAGCAGAAAUCAUGAAAAAUGACUUUGUAUUAUGCCACUGCUCUAAGACAUUGAAUAAUAUCAUAAUGAACCAUUUUAGAAUAAUUAUUAUGUUUAAACAUAGGAGUUUGCAAAACAUGAAAGAUAAAAUUAUAUGUCAUAUAAUUGUAUUUACUUUAAUCUUAAGUAAAUUUAGCUUUAAGCUGAUGCCUCUCUUGAACUCAAUAAAUUCUAAUCGUAAUCAUGUGAUGAAAAUGAUAGCUUUUGUAGGAGCAUCAAUUAUAAACAAAGACAGUGAAAUGACAGUGCAGUUAAAAUUACCGUUAGUUCCAAAACCUCAGGCCCGUAUAAGAAAAACAAAGCCGCAUAAAAUUGACAAGAACUUGCAGCACAAAGAUGAUUAUGAAAUCGACCCAGAUGAGUUCUAUGUACCAUUUCUUAACCGAGAAGCAACCAAUCUUGAAGAUGUAUAUGUUAUAAACAAGAUUUUCUCUGAAGAUGAGUAUUUCCAGAUUUUUUUUGAGCUAGCGGAAAACAAUUAUAUGGCCGAUUUACAUCCAUACAUACAACAAUGUGUGAAAACCAGGACAUUGUCUUUAGAGUUUACAGUGCUAGCUGUAUAUGCAAGUGUACUCAUAAAAUUCUUACAUACUAGAUUUAAAAAAAUCAAAAAAUUCAUAAUUUGCCCCCAUUCUAAGACAUUAAAUGCAAUCUUAUUUAAAAGGUUUACAGAACUUAUUAAAUAUAAAGGGAGAACUUAUUCAAUGCAUAAGACGUCACAAGCAAUGAGAAGAAAAAUUCUGUGUCACAUAAUAGUAUGUAUGUUGAUCUUAAAUAAGUUUCAAUUUAAAAUGGAUUCUUUUUUGGAUGCGAUAAAAAGGAAACGCAUACUAAAGUUGCUCAGUUUUGUUGCAGCAACACUUGAAGAUGGGGACGAUGGAACAAUGGUAAAAUUAAAAUUGCCCUUAGUGCCAAAAACACGGGCCACUAUACACAGAAAUAAGUGUGCUCUAAGAACUAAAAUGGACUCAAGUCCAAAAAAAAAGAAAAGUUCAAGUUCAAAGCGGAAGAAGGGAGACCAGGAGGCAGAGACUGUCAAAAUUGACCCGGAUGAUUUCUAUCUACCAACUAUUGACAGAAAAGCAACUGAACUUGAAGAUGUAUAUCCUAUAGAAGAAAUUUUAUCUAAAGAUGAGUAUGAAAUAAUAUAUCAGGAGUUACAGCAGAAUGAUUAUAAAGAUCAUUUACAUCCAUAUAUACUCUCUUUUAUCGAAAACAAGACUCUUCCUUUACAAUUAAUAGUGCUAGCUGUAUAUGCAAAUGAACUUUUACAAUUCUUAAAAGAUAUAUCUAAAGUCUGGGAAAUAUGGUUUAGAAUAAGCAACCUUUCCAAUAAAUUAAAUGAUAUCUGUAAAAAAAGAUUUAUUGUUAAAUCUAAAAUUGUUGAAAACGUGACCCAGGACAUAAGAGAUAAAAUGGUAUGUCAUAUAAUUGUAUUUUUGUUAAUCAUAAAUAACUUUCGAUUCAAGCUAGAAGAUUUCUGUAAUGCAAUAAAGAAUACAUAUAAAACAAAACACGUGGAAAAAGUGGUGAGUCUUGUUGGAGCCGUGAUUGUUAAUAAAGGCGAGGGAUCACUGAUAGAGUUGAAAUUACCAUUAGUGCCAAAGAAGGAGGACAUUACAAAUAAUACUUCGAAACGACGUCUUACUGUUGAUCGAGACCUAAAAAAAUAUGAAAAAAAUGUGGUAGAUCCAGACGAUUUACUAAAUACACAGAAUAACAUAAGUGGUGCUUCUAAAAUUGGGUCCCUGCAACAUAUUGAGAAAGAAAGUCUAGAACGUGAGACUGAGAAUGUUGAUCAAGACGAUCUAUCAGAUAAUGAAAAUAUAAAAGACGCUGACGACGUUUAUUUACCGCCUAUUAACCGAAAAGCAACCAAACUUGAAGAUGUAUAUCCUUUAGAAAAGUUUUUGUCUAAAGAUACAUAUAAGAAAAUUGAGUGUGAGUUAAAAGAUAGUAAUUACAAAAAAGAUUUACAUCCAUACAUACAGUCCUUUGUGAAAAAGAAGUAUUUGUCUUCCGAGUUAACAGUACUGGCCGUGUGUGCAAGUUCGCUUAUAAAACACGUAAAUUCUCUCUGGAGCGAAAUUAAGAAACGUGACUACAGAAUAUGUCCCUAUUCUAAGACAUUAAACGAUAUCUUAAUAAAAGGAUUUAUAGAACUUGCUAAAUAUCCACAUAAAAUAUAUAACACAUACAAAACUGUAAGGCUCAAAUCGGCAAAUAUGGAAAUUAAGUCUGUGUGUUAUAUAAUGAUAUGUGUGUUAAUUUUAAAUAACUUCAAUUUUAAACUGGACCCUCUCAAGGACGCAUUAAAUAGAAAAUGUGGAUUUAGAUUUAUGCUGGAGGCUGUACGCCUUGUUGGAGCGAUCAUUGAACAUAGCGACGAUGGAACUGUAGUGAAGUUACAAUUACCAUCCGAGUUAACUCAACCUCCUUUAAAACCGUUGGAUCGUAAAAUUGACUUAUCAAAAUAUGACAUAAUUGACCCAGAUGAUUUCUAUGUACCGCCUAUUAAUAGAGAAGCAACUGAACUUGAAAAUGUAUAUCUUAUGGACAAAUUUUUCUCCAAAAGUAAAUACAAGAAGAUUUACUGUGAGUUGAAAAAGAGUAAAUAUAGUGAGGAUCUACAUCCAUACAUACAGUCCAUCAUCGAAAACAAGUCGCUCUCCUUGCAGUUCACCGUGCUAGCAGUCUAUGCAAGUGAACUGAUAAAAUUCAUUCAUGUCAGGAGCUCGAAAAUCAGGAUAAAAUACUUUAAAGUAUGCCACCAUUCCAAGACAUUAAAUAAUAUAAUAAUGAAAGGAUUUACAGAAUGUUCUGAACGUAAAAGCGAUGAUAACGGAAUAUAUACAUAUAGAUUCAGCUCACCAGAUAUGAAAAGAAAAAUAGUAUGCCAUGUAAUAGUGUGUGUUUUGAUCUUAAAUAACUUCCAAUGUAACCUGGAUCCUCUCGUCGAUGCAGUAAAGCGAAACGUACAAGAGACGGUCCGUCUUGUCGGUGCAUCAAUUGUAAAUGGGGACAACGGAAAAAUGGUUCAGUUAAAAUUACCAUUAGUCCCUAAACCUCAGAUUACCAGAAAAAAACAAUCCACUAAAAUAUGUUAAGGGCACCAAUCAUGGGACAUUUAAAAGAAGAUUUGGAGUAUUUUUGAUAUUUCACUGACACCAGUAAAAUUUCUACCGCUUUACGCUUUAAAAGUUGAAUGUCCAAUUCGUCCUUUAUGUUUUCUAUGUAUUUACUGAAAGCUACUGUAAUUGUUUUCAGUACUAUUAACCAAUUAAAACUGUGGUUCUUUGCUCCAGUCAUGUCAUAUAUGGCGCCGUUUAUUUUGAACCUAACAAAUAUCAAACAAAAAUUCAACUUGAGCAGCUCUUUGGCUCUUGUUUAUGGAAAAUAAUGCCAGCGAUUAAAAACCGAUGGUAAAUACUUGUUUGUCAGAAUUUACUGGUAGAAAAAGUACUGUAAACAAUAGUGAUAUAAUCAAGCUUUUCAAUCUCGUACCUAAAAUCUGUAAGCUUCGUUGCCUAAACACGGUACUCGACUAUAUGUAUAUAUAUUAUAUUUAACGAUUGUAUAAAAAAACUAUUAAUUACCAAUGUUAAGAAUAUGAUAUGUACUUACCUAAGUGUUAAAAACUCCUUAUGUGAUUUAAUUUAAGUAUUCUUUUGACUUGAUUGUGGCCAAUAAACUUAGGUUUAUCUUACUAUGUUUUAAUUAUCCAAUCUAAUAUAUAUGUAUAUUGUGUUAAA